AUGUCACCACCAUCUCGACCUCUUCCUUUCGGGGACCGUCCACGAGGCCCACCUCCAUUCGUCGUUCAAAUCCUGAGAGCUCCGCUUACAGUCAACAAUGUCAUUGCUUUUGCCAUUACACAGUCUGUUUACCGCAGCCGCAAGAGCGCACUCCUAGUCGGUAGCAAGCCAUGUGCGGCACGAGUCAAUACAGUCUUCGGACUCCUCGCAGUCAUGUUUGCAGUUUCGAUCGUUCACAACAUCUUGACUGUCAUGCGCUUCCACCGUAUUCGACGUGAGGUGUUUGGGGAAAGUAUGUGUGCCUCAAGAAGAAGAUGGAGACAACAGCAACGUGGUGAAAUCGUGCUUGACGACGAGGAGAGAACGGCACGCAUGCAGAAGUUCAAGGAGAUGGGUAAGAGGAUGCCUAGCCUGUUCAUCUCGAGUGGAGAUGUGCUUCUGGCUGUCGGUUUCCUGGGCAUGUGGGUCUUGACUACUUUGAUCGCUAAGAAGGAGGGCAAAAUUGAGCUUGGAGUGGCAUAUGCUAGUAUCGGUGCUCUGGUCGCUUGUGUUCUGAACCUCAUAGUCGGUAUGAGUGGAUUGAAGUUCUGGGCUCGCAAGCGAAACCAGGAACGCGAGACAAGGAUGGAGGAAGCUGAAGUUGCAGAUGUCAAGGAGAAGCUACUAGAGAACUAG